CUCACAUCGAUCCACACAUGCACUGACUGACCGCCAGAUCGAAGGAAAACUGGCAGCAGCAGAGAAGGGACCACGAGCACUUGUCGAAAAGUCUGACCAUGGUGGUAGGUACUAUAGUACUGAGUGCUGUUGACAGCAGCGGCAGCUAACCAGCCGCUUUUCUAGCGUUUGAAGCCGCUGUGUGGCUUGACCUCUGAGCGCGGCACUGGGCUGAUCUUCCGGCCGUCCUGACACCACACACACACACACACACACAGGUGUCGUCACACACGUGUGGAAAUGGCGGGUGUGGGGGCCCGUGUGUGUACCAGUGAGGUGCUCAUGAUCUCCUCGACGUUCUUCUUGAGCGUCUCACGCUCAUCUGAACAAACACAAUGAACCAAUACACCCGCACAUGGUAAUGGCUGUGACACAAGACAGCUCUUCUGCUGUCCGCCUGUCUGCCGACCAGUCCCUGCCCACCCACCGUUGUCCGCUUUCGCAAACCAGAGCUCGAUCCUCACGGUGGCGCUCUGCGGACUCCGGCCCGUGUUCACCUUGUCCACCUGCACACACACACACCACACACACACACACACACCAAUGACACACACACACACACACACCAAUGACACACACACACACACACACAGCAAGGCAUGCAUUCACCGCACAUAUAAGAUGUCUGUCUGCCUGGGUGACAUACAUACGUACCAGUCUGAGUCCGGUGAUGAUGUCGUAUGGUUCGACUGUCUUGCCGAUGACGCCCAGCACGAGGUUGUUCCAGUACUCGUCCAUCUGACCGGGGGACGCCACGUCCUUGGGCUUGAUCUGAAACUGCACACACACACACACCACAACACCCACCCACCAGAUCAACGGUCAAUCCGUCGAUCGGUCGGUCGUUUGUUUGCUGGGUCGGUCUCGCUGACCUGCAGGUGGCCUCCGUCUGCGUUCUUGGGGUCCUCCCAUGUUGGCUUGAUGUUCUCUCUGCACCACACGCACACACACACACACGCGGAUAAUGCCUCGUGAUCUUGUCCAUCGAAGGCUGUGUGUCUGGCUAACUGACUUGAAGAUCAUGAUGCCAUCUACGUAAGAGGUCGACCCGUCCUUGUUCUCCCGAACCAUCCUGUUCCCACCACAGACAGCGAGUGAUGUGAGCCCGAGCUGACGCCGUGUGGUGUGCACGUGCCGGUUGUGUACCAUACCUACCUCCUGCUGUCGAGAAGGAUGGACGGCUGUGGAAUGAAGUCCCAAAACCUCCAAAAAUCCUGCAGGACGAUGCACACCGGCAUCCAUCAGGAGAACAACAUGGGCGUCUUCCACGGAUGCUUAUGAAUGCGUUCGUACCUUGAUGGUGCUGAAGUUGGCGAACUUAUGUGUCUGUUCGUCAUAGUUUUUGUUGUCGACGCCGCCCGAUGUGCCUGGCUGGAUCUGCUCCCAGAUGGACCAUGUGUCUGCCAGCGGCAGAUCCUCGGGCACGCCGUCCUCGUCUGCGGCGCCGAACUCGGCUCGUGAGUAAUCCUUGUUGAAGGACAGAUACACCCUGCCGUCACCCAUCCUGAUUGAAAU